CAGGAUAUGGAGGCUCUUGAAGUUGAUGACAUUAGCCCUGCCUUGGAAGUGACAGAAGACUUUUUCAAUAGUUUUGAUACAAAACUUGAAAAGAUUGUGCAGCCCUCUGAAGUGUAUGGCGUGCAUGAGGUCCCCGAACUGGUUGGGCAUGAAGUAUUUGACCAGAUCACAGAAAGCAGGAACCUGAGGAACGUUGCCUCCUUAGCCAAAAGUACCCUCAUCUGGGAUCACUGCAAAAAUGGCCUCUUGGAAACCAAAGCUCAGACAGCAUUCCCUGCCAAAGACCAGUGUGUGGUGCAGAAGGGAACAGCUACUGACAACCUUGCUUGGGCCCGGGAAGGGGAGACUACAGCUUUUAACAUCUUCCAUAUCUGCCAGCGGAGGAGAGACAGGCCUCGCUCAGUGAAUGACAUCCUGGUGCAGAAUGAGGAAGCCUCCACAUUCAAACGAGGGCACAACAGGUCACGCUCUGAUAUCAGCCAUGUAAACUGGGGAGUGGUCUUCACGGGGACCUCCCUGCAGCAGCCACCUGCGCCCGGUCAGGACAAUAACUGUGCUCUGCUCUCUUACCUGGCACUAACCAAGGGAGAGGACAUCCAAGGAAACACAGAACACAAGCCAAUGUUCCCCAAUAUUCUGAAGAAGGGAUACUUAGAAAUUAGAAGAGACAAUGACAGCUACUGGCAAACCUGUUAUGCUGAGCUCUCGCCAUACAAACUGUACCUGUAUUGCUUGGACAGCAGUGGCAACCAGACUCUUCCCAGCGUGUAUCCACUCAUGCAUUUUCAAAGGGUCACUGUUAGUGGUUGCAUUGAAACCAAAGUGGUGGAUGCUGUCCUGUCAGACAACUCACAGCUACAGCUGAAGGCGGAGUCCUCAUGGGAGGCUUUGGACUGGGGUCAGAAACUCUGGGAAUUGGUACGUGCUUCUGUGCCUGUUUUCACAAGACCACAGGAGAAACUGGAGAAUGUGCCAAAGCCUGAAAAUAACAGUGACCUUUCCAAACCAAAUGGAUUGUUAGAGAAGCCUAUGGAGCUCUUCCUAUCCAUGAAUUUGACUGAAAACACUAAAGAGUACCAAAAUAUCCUCAAAUCAGGGACUCUUUAUAGGUUAACCGUCCAGAAUAACUGGAAGGCAUUUACUUUUGUCUUGAACAGGUCUUAUCUCAUGGCAUUUCAACCGGGUAGGCUGGAUGAAGAUCCUCUGCUGAGCUACAAUGUGGAUGUGUGCCUGUCAGUCCAGACAGAUACUCAGGAUGGCUGUGACUCUUGCUUUCAGGUCAUUUUUCCCCAAGAUGUCCUCCGCCUGCGGGCAGAGACCCGUCAGAGGGCCCAGGAGUGGAUGGAGGCACUGAGAGCAGCAGCCAAUGCUACUCGAAGUUUAACUCAGAACCCACAGGUCACGCUUCGGAACAAACCUAGAGAUCGCCCCUUUGGAAAUGAUCUUAGGAAGAGCAAGCGCCAGUCUGUGACCACCAGCUUCCUGAGCAUCCUGACCACGCUGUCUCUAGAGAGAGGGCUCACAGUUCAGAGCUUCAAGUGUGCAGGCUGUCAGCGCUCCAUAGGCUUGUCCAAUGGGAAAGCCAAGGUGUGCAGCUACAGUGGAUGGUAUUACUGCAGCACCUGCCAUGUCGAUGACACCUUCCUCAUCCCUGCACGUCUCGUUCAUAACUGGGACACUUCUAAAUACAAGGUAUCAAAGCAAGCCAAAGAGUUCCUGGAAUAUGUUUAUGAGGAGCCAUUGAUUGAUAUCCAGCAGGAAAAUCCCAUGUUGUACAAGCAUGCUGAACCUCUGGCAACUGUUGUGCGCCUGAGACAGCAGCUAAAAUCUCUCCGAGCCUAUUUGUUCAGCUGCAGAGCAGCAGUGGCUGAAGAUCUGCGUAGAAGGAUUUUUCCCAGAGAGUAUCUUCUCCAACAAAUCCAUCUUUAUUCGCUCGCAGACCUUCAGCAGGUUAUUGAAGGAAAGCUAGCUCCUUUCUUGGGGAAGGUGAUCAAGUUUGCCACCUCUCAUGUAUACAGCUGCAGCCUUUGUAGUCAGAAGGGUUUCAUCUGUGAGAUUUGCAACAAUGGAGAAAUCCUUUACCCCUUCGAGGACAUUUCUACAAGCAGGUGUGAAAGCUGUGGUGCUGUCUUCCACUCUGAGUGCAAAGUGAAGGCUGUGCCGUGCCCCAGGUGUGUGCGUAAGGAAUUGCAGAAGAAGCAGAAAUCCUUCUGGAGGCGACUGAAUAUGGAUGAAAACUUUGAAGAGUCUUGCAACAUGUUUGAGUUAUCAUAUCAGAACACAUGAGUUCCUCGGGGCAGUGGCCAGCCUGAAGAGAAUCCCUUUCCCAGCUGCCAGCUGAAGCAACUUCUCGGCUUAGCCAGGCAGAAGUCUUUUUGCAAAGUAUUAUCUGACCUCCUUCAUCUGUGAAUAGCAGCUGCCAAAGUGGCCGUAAAGCCUUGUUGGCUUUGAUAUACCAAUGGCUAAACUGCAUUUUGCAUUGAAGUCCAGCCGCUAGCUCUCAUACGAAAUGUGGUUUACUUGAAAUGCUUUAGGUCUAGCUAAUGAAGCACCCAACUUUUUCUUUUCCACCUCUGGAGAAGACUUUUCUUGAAGGCAGAAAAUACUUGCUGCCACAACUACAUUGAUUUUAUGUUGUUAAUUUAGAAUUGAUGAACCAUCUACCUAUUUAUAUGUAUUAUUUAUUUAUUAUUAGCCUUGGCAGAGGUUCUGGUGAGGUGUUUCACAGAACCCAGUGGGGCAGGAAUGAUUUUAAACCCACCUGCUCUUUCUGAUGUGGACACAUGGUUCCAUUUUCUCAUGUUUUGGGAGAGCUAUUCUUAAAGGAUUGGUACAUUUACAUGUCACUUGUUGAGGAAAGAAUAGUAUCUUCUAUCAAACCUUAUUUGCGGUGCUUGCAAUCAUAAGAUACAGAAUAAUUCCUUCAGCUAUAUUUAUAACCAACCCAGUGAUCUAUUCCACAUGCAGAUAAGUAGGGGACUUGCUACUUCAGGCUGGGGAUAUCAGUAAAGCUCUGUCACUGAAGCCCAUUGAGUUUUAGGCUGGUUAUUCUCCAUCUAUGUGAGACCAUGUCUUCAUCUUCAGUAACAUGAUGUUGGUUCUGACCUCCUGCUAGUCUCACAUUUCAAGGCAUUUUAAGUGUCCACAUUGGUUUUGGUUUUAUUUCGUGAAGUUUAUUUUAAGUGUUUCUCUCACCUGAACUUGUUAGACUCAUAGUCAGGAAAGUGGUCCUGCCCACAGUAAUCAGCAAAUACCUCCAAAAUCGUGAAACACUAGUUUGUGGUGUUCAUGUGCAACUUGUGUCCUGCAUUCUCUGCAAGCUCUAAGGGAUUUUAUACUUCUGUAGUGAUUUCCAUGGUGGAGAACAAAGUUCCUUGAGGUAUGGUUCUGCUCCACACACCUAUAACACAGGGAACUACUGUAAGCAGUGAGUU